UCCUCCUCCUCCCCCACUCUCUUCUUCUUCGUGUGGUCUCUAAUGGCGGGGUUCCUCUCAACCCUAAAGCGGAUCUACCUCUCCAUCUACAACUGGACCAUAUUCGUCGGAUGGUUUCAGGUUUUGUUCUUUGCGUUGAAGACUUUGAGGGAAUCGGGGCACACCGCGGUGUACGAUGCCGUCGAGAGGCCGCUGCAGCUCGCACAAACCGCGGCGAUCAUGGAGAUUCUCCAUGGACUCGUAGGAUUGGUGAGAUCUCCGGUAUCGGCGACUUUGCCACAAAUUGGGUCGAGGCUGUAUGUUACUUGGGGCAUCUUGUGGAGUUUCCCUGAGACCAGGACACAUAUUCUUGUUAGCUCCUUGGUUAUCAGCUGGUCAAUUACAGAGAUUAUCAGGUACUCCUUCUUUGGUGUGAAAGAAGCUUUUGGAUUUACACCUUCCUGGCUUUUGUGGCUUAGGUACAGCACUUUCCUCUUAUUGUAUCCAACUGGCAUCACCAGUGAGGUUGGCCUAAUUUAUAUUGCCUUGCCAUACGUUAAGGCAUCCGAAAAAUACUGCAUUAGGAUGCCCAACAAGUGGAACUUCUCCUUCGAUUACUUCUAUGCGGCAAUUGUAGCACUCGGAAUCUAUGUCCCAGGUAGCCCGCACAUGUACACCUACAUGCUCGGGCAGCGGAAGAAGGCGCUCUCAAAGUCUAAAACCGCAUAAACCGUAAACAGUUAUACCCGUGGAGCAUCAUUAUUUGAUGCUAAUCUUGGUGCAGCGCCGAAUUCUCUACUGCAGUUUAUUUGAAGAAAGGAGAUGCUGACAAAACUAGGGCUAUAGCAAUUAUGUGUGAUUUUGAUUUUGUCCUGUUUCGCUUUCAUGUUUUAGUUGUUCAAUGGGAUAUUCUUGUAGGUUCUUUUUGUUUGUUUAAUUGUUCUGUUUCCAUUAAAAAGCUCAAUGCUGCUAAGAAUUUGCUUUUCAUGAGCUCACUGGUUCAGGAUAGUCUUAUUUGUAUGUUUAUCUGAGUAGUUUGUUAUUUUCACUCUGAGCUCUGGUCUCUCAAA